ACUUUCCCCGCAGCCGGCAGCGGGGCAGCCUUGCGUCCUGCACCCUCUGCACCACCAGCCCAGCUUAAGACGCGUCCUCUCCUGCACCGCGGCUUCCCCUGGCUUUCUCAAGCUCUUGAUGCUGCCCAACUGAAAGGAGAAGAUGGGCACCGGAGAUUUCAUCUGCAUUUCCAUGACUGGAGGGGCGCCCUGGGGGUUCAGACUGCAAGGAGGCAAGGAGGAGCAGCAGCCUUUGCAAGUUGCAAAGAUUCGAAGCCAGAGCAAGGCGUCGGGCUCCGGGCUGCGUGAGGGGGAUGAAGUGGUGUCCAUCAAUGGCAACCCCUGUGCAGACCUUACUUACCCUGAAGUCAUCAAGCUUAUGGAAGGCAUAACGGACUCUCUGCACUUGCUUGUUAAAAGACCCUCUAGUGGAACAAGUGAGACUUUGGAUUCUGAAUCAGAAACUACAAACCAUCAACAUCUUACACAUGAGGGGCCCAUGGAAAGUACCACCCUGCAGAUUCAGCAAGCCACCGAGACCCAGAGCGAAGACUUCUUUCUUGCUCCAGUCCAGACUAAAGUUCCCCUAACUGAGGACCAAAGCAAUGCCUGGGGUUAUGCAGAAUGUCCAAAAGAAGAACAAGCUCCCCCGAUGCUUGGCUCCCAGGAAGGACACUUGGUAGAAGAGGUCAUCUUAAGGCAAAAGGCAGAAGCAGGCCAGCCAGGCCAUGUGGUUGAGCUACAGCUGUCCCUCUCAAAGGAAAGACAUCAAUGCACCAGUGGCCCUAUAGUGACUCUCCAGGGAAAUGACAAAUCCACGUCUCCAGACCCAGACUGGAGCUCACAACUCGAGAGGACUGUCCACAUAAAUUCGAUCCCUGCUCCUGAGAAAGCAGACACUUCUCUGACGUCCAGCACCUCCAGUGGCCGAGAGUUGAGAGUGAUCCAGGGAAGAGACCCAGGAGGCGCAGGGCUGCCCCAGGUGGAAGUGAUUCUAGAUUGCUCUGACAGGCUGAAGGCUGAAGAGUGCAGGCUGCAGACAGGAAGGGGGUGUGUGGCUUCUCCCGUGGAAGGAGGGCGGUCAGAAGCACCUCCUUCUCUGGUCUCCUUUGCGGUCUCGUCAGAAGGCACCGAGCACGGAGAAGAUCAACGCUCGGGAAAGGAUCAGAGCAGACCACACAAGCACCGUGCACGCCAUGCUCGGCUCAGGAGGAGUGAAAGUCUAUCUGAAAAGCAAGUGAAAGAAGCAAAGUCUAAGUGCAAAAGCAUCGCCCUCCUCCUAACGGAUGCUCCCAACCCAAACUCCAAGGGGGUGUUGAUGUUUAAGAAGCGGAGGCGGAGGGCCCGGAAGUACACCCUAGUCAGUUACGGUACUGGCGAGCUUGAGCGAGAGGAGGAGGAGGAGGAGGACCAGGAAGCAGGUGACAAGGACGAGAUAAGUGAGGUUGCAUUUCUUGGAACCAGUGAGUCGGAAGUGGAUGAAGAGUUGCUGUCUGACGUUGACGACAACACCCAAGUUGUGAACUUUGAUUGGGAUUCUGGACUGGUGGACAUUGAAAAGAGACUCAACCGAGGGGACAAGAUGGAAAUGUUGCCAGACACCACAGGCAAGGGAGCGCUCAUGUUUGCCAAGAGGAGAGAGAGGAUGGAACAGUUCACAGCCCAAAAUGAAGAGGAGAAGACGGGUGGGAUGGCAGGUGGAGGACCGGAUGCCCUGCAGACGGAUGGUCUGAGAACCAUGACUUCUUAUCAGCGAAAAGAAGAAUCGGUAAGAAUGCAGAGCUCUGUGAGCGAAAGUUCCUUCCAGAUGGGACGCAGUCUUGCCAGUGUGCCACAACAGAAUGGCUUCAGUGGAGUGUCAGAGACAGCAGGGGCCCAGAGGAUGUUCCCUAUGAAUAGAACCGCCAAACCCUUCCUGGGAUCUAUGAACCAGCCAGCAGCACCAUUCUCCCCAACGCGGAGUGUGACAAGUCCCAUCUCUGACUUCCCGGCUCCGCCACCAUACUCUGCGGUCUCACCUCCACCGGAAGCCUUCUCUAGGGGGGUAUCAAGCCCAGUGGCUGGCCCAGCACAGCCCCCUCCAUGGCCCCAGCCUGCUCCGUGGUCACAACCAGCCUUCUAUGAUUCAUCUGAACAAAUAGCUUCCCGCGAUGAGAGAAUCGCAGUGCCGGCCAAAAGAACGGGAAUACUGCAGGAAGCCAAAAGACGAGGCACAACAAAACCCAUGUUUACUUUCAAAGAAACCAAAGUAAGCCCCAACCCCGAACUCCUGUCACUUCUUCAAAAUGCAGAAGGCAAGCGAGGCACUGGAGGGGACUCUGGGCCCGAAGAAGACUACCUCAGUUUAGGCGCAGAGGCUUGUAACUUCAUGCAGAGUUCUGCCAAACAAAAGACCCCACCUCCUGUCGCUCCAAAGCCUGCAGUCAAGUCCCCCUCUUCCUCCCAACCGGUAGCCCCAGUUUCUCCAGUCUGGUCUCCAGGAGUGGCUCCAGCCCAGCGUCCUGCCUUCUCCACAUCAAAUCCACCGAACCCACCACAGGUCACUGCUGUGUCCUCCAUCAAAAUAGCUCAGCCUGCCGCCCCUCCUGCCCGGCCCGCGAGUGCGCUGAACCUGGCUGGUCCUUUCAAAGGUCCCCAAGCAGUAGUGGUCAGUCAUAACUACACGCCCAAGCCAUCAGCACCCACACCAUUAGUAAAUGCUGCUCCUGCUGGUGCAGGGGGACCAUCCAAUGAGCUUCCUGGAAUGAGUGGGAAAGGAGCCCAACUCUUCGCUAAAAGGCAGUCUAGGAUGGAGAAGUAUGUGGUAGAUUCCGACACAGUGCAGGCCCACACAGUUCGGGCCCAGUCUCCCACUCCAUCCCUGCCCGCCAGUUGGAAGUACUCCUCCAACGUCCGAGCACCCCCGCCCGUGGCCUACAAUCCUAUCCAUUCCCCCUCUUACCCACUGGCUGCUAUCAAGUCUCAACCACCGGGUGCCCAGGCUUCCAAAACGAGCAAGAAAAAGGGCAAGAAACCUCUUAACACUUUGGAUGUCAUGAAGCACCAACCGUAUCAGCUCAACGCGUCUUUGUUUACCUUUCAACCCCCUGAUUCAAAGGAUGGCCUCCCUCAGAAGUCAACAGUCAAGGUCAGUUCAGCCCCGGCCAUGAAGCAAGCCCUCCCUCCCCGGCAGGCGAAUGUUGGGUCUCCCACAAAUGCGCAGGCUUCUUCUGUGUACUCGGUACCAGCUUAUACCUCUCAGCCCAACUUCUUUGCCGCGGAGGCCACUUCACCCGUCAGCGCAUCCCCGGUGCCUGUGAGUGUCCCCACCUCUCCAAAGCAAGAAUCGACCUCCACAUCCUAUUUUGUGGCUCCAAGGCCGAAGUUCUCAGCCAAGAAAAGUGGGGUCACAGUUCAGGAGAACGGGCGCUCCCUUUCUCUCCCUGGAAGAUCGGCCCCGCCCAUCAUUUCUGCAUCUCCCUGGCUGUACCAGUCUGCUUGCAAUUACUCCAGCAAACCAACCUUCGAGCUGGAGAAAGCUAACAAGAGACCGACACCUUGGGAAGCAGCAGCCAGGUCCCCUCUCGGUCUAGUGGAUGACGCCUUCAGACCUAGGAACAUCCAGGAAUCCAUCGUGGCACAUGUAGUCUCCGCAGCUCGGAGGAAGGUGUCUCCAGGGUCCCAAGAGGACUGGAAAGAGAGACUGUCCUUUGUCCCUCAAACUCAGAAGACCAACAUGAGCUUUUCGGAAAGGCAAGAGUAUCCUGCCCCGUCCCCAGUCAACAGCCAUGUGUCUAGCCACUCCUUAUAUAGUUCCCAGUUGCCAUAUGUGUGUUAUAGGCAGGAGUCCAGAAAUGAUUUGAAAACGAUGUCCAUGGAGACUAGGUCUGAAUAUUGUCUUCCAUUGGGUGGUUAUGACUAUAACCCACACCCAAGGGGGUGGAGACAACAACCGUGAAAGCUUGUGUGACAGUUGUGUGGAUUUUGUUGUUAGAGAGGUUCUUUAUUUUUAAAAAUAGACUUAAACCCACGUUUAGUCCUCUGUGGCUCUCACAGAUCAUUUCUCUGAGUGUACAUGUGUGUAAACACACAAGUGUGGAUCACUUCCUUAUCUGCCAAUGCCUAAGGAACUGCUAGGUAGACAAGAGUCAGAGUGGGCAGGGCGUGGUGGCACACACCCGUAAUCUCAGUGCAUAUGAGACAAGUCAAGAAACCAGGAAUUCAAGAAGAUUACUUUCUUGCAUUGAUAUUCUGGCACUUAUAUAAAAAUUCAAAAUAUGAAUUUCAUUUGUAAGGAGUCCCAUGCAACUCAACUUUGUCUUCGUGUAAAGAGAGAGAAUCCAAACAUUUUCUUCUGCCUUAGCUCAAAAAAGAAUUAUUAGACUAGGAUGUAGUGAUUACCAAUACUUCUAAUAGUGAGGAAUAUAAAAUUCUUUGUAUAGAUAUAACAUGCAUUUGCCAUUUACCUUGUUCAAAUCCACCUGUCAGCCCAUUGCCUGUCCCGGUGCCUCUAGAUUUUCCUCUGGCUGGUUCCCAUCCUUUCUAUAAGGACAAAUUCCUAAGGCAAGCCCAACAAGAAGUAAUAAUCAUACAGAAAAGAAUUUCCUUGAUGUUAUUUCAAACAUUUCUCUAACACAUUUUAGGUGUAGUUCAGAUGAAUUAGAAGGCUGAAAUGGAAAUGUUCUAUUCUUCUUCUUUUGUUUGUUUGUGACAGUCCUUUGCUGUGUAGCCCUGACUGGUGUGGUACUCCUUUUGUAGCUCAGGCUAUCCUUAAACUCAUGGUUCCACCCUGCCUCAACCUACGCAGUGCUAGGGUUUCAGGUGGGCACCACUGUGCCUGGACAGGAUGGGAAUGUUUUUAGACAGGGAUAUGUCAGGGUGAGGGUACGAUACAAGCCAUAUGGACUUAGAAGAAAACUGCAAUGUAUGGAAAGCACACAUCUAGGCAUUAGAUUUAUUUCCAAUCUAUUUAAAGCCAGCAGCCUGAGACGGGAAGACGUGAGCUGAAGUGUUCUCAUUCGUCAGAUGAGAAGGCUGGAUUGUCUAAUUGCUUAGGUUCUUUACAAUUCUGCUAUCUCAAGAUCUUCUCGUUGAAUGACCUUUGAUGCAUUGUUUGUGGUGGCUCAUCACAUAGAUAUCAGAUUACCUUUAGGAGUGGACGAGGUCAUUAAUGCCAAGAAAUGCGUCACUAAAGGUCCCAAAAGGAAUUUCUAAGUGGCUGGUUUUGUGUAAGUGGAGUGAAGAUUGAUGUAAAGAUAAAACUAUUCAUGGAUUUAGGGAAGUAGUAGAUGGAUGUGCCUGUCAUUGUGCAACUGAUGUGCCUGAUGGCUUAUAGAAACAAACAGAAGUAUACACACAAGGGCUGCUUCUGGGCUGUUCAGAUGAAGUUAGGCGGCUAACUCGCCUCUCCAUUAACCAACCCAGCCUUAUAAGCAUGACCACGAACAGAUCAACACCAGCUCCUUACCAACAUACCUCAAAGCGUUAAAUACAAGGGAAUUCAAAGUAGUUCAUAUCAUCAUCAAGUUUAUUCAGUCUUUUUUAAUUUAAAAAUUCUUCUUGGCUUUUCAAACAUGAUAAUUUUGCUUUAUUUUCCUUUCAUCUUAGCAUUAUGAUGGUAGCGCCCACAGAAUAAAAAUGGAUUAUGAGGAUGCAGACAGUCUGUUACUUUAGAAGUUACAAAAAAGAAAAUUGAAGAAUUCUCAGUAAGUGGCAAGAGUGGCCACAUGCUAAUUUGUUCAAUCAUGCAGCAAAGAGAUAGAUAACUACUUCCCAAAAUAUGAUUGCUAGCCUUAUGCCUGCAUCACUCUGAGGGAUGAAGAAAAAAGGUUGCUGAAAAUUCCAUGCCAGCCUGAACUACAAGUUUUAUAAAAACUAGAGCAAAAGCUUUCACUGUUAAUUUAUCUAAAUCAAUAUAGUAUUAAUUCCCUUAAAGUAUAAAAUAUAAUUAUUGGCAUCCAUGAGGGUUUUUUUAAUGUAUAGAAUCUUAAAAGAAUAAUGUUAGGCCACUGGAGUCUUAAGAAGUGUGCACAUAUGAUCCUUACUGGCUUCAAUUUUGUCAUCAAAUUUAUCACUAGGUGUUUAAGUCAUUCUGGAUUAGGCUGGUUUUAGAAGUGGAGGAUUAAAGGAAAAGAUGUUACUUAAUGGGUCCACAUUCUCUCCUGCUACUUUCUUUUGUAAGUACUAGGCUUUAUUGCCACCAGUUGACUCACAGCACACUCUUUGCUAAAACUCAUUUGAUUCAAGGAGCAGAUGUCUUAGAUAUUAUUAUAAAAUGCACUUAUCUUUUGCUUGCACCACACCAAAAAUUAGCAUUGAUAUUGAGCUAUCUGAAUGUAUUCUAUACAACAGAAAGGCUGCACAUUUUCUUCACAAGAACAUGAAUAUCUUUAGCACACAGUGAUGCUUCAACACAGUCAAAUUGUGUAGAUGCCUUUGAAUACAAUACUACCACUGCAGACUAGAAAGUGAUACAGUUCCAUGACUGACAGUCAGCCACCCCAAGAUCUGGCUUUUAUGGUGGGUCAUUAUGUUACCGUUUUAAGAAGAAUAAAACAAGUUGGUCUCAUUUUCCAAGCAAUAGCCCUUGCACAGAAGAGUUGUGGCUUUAAAAGCUACACCACAUUUGCUACAGAUAUAUUCCAAUCAUCAGAAGCUACAUAGUGUCUUACUAAAGGUUGAGCACAGAGACACUAAUCGGGCAUUGCCUCCCAUCCAAGUUUAAACAUUGUAUCAUUGCAUAGGUGUGAAACCUUAGUAGAUAAUUUUAACUUGAACUCUGAGUGUGGUGGCUACACAGAUUCUAGUCCCUUUGUUUUUGAGGCUGUCUCAUGUUUGGCAGCAUCAUGCACCUUGAAGAGCAUGCACUUAGUGGGGCUUAAUCACAGAUAUGCAUGUGUAUUAAUGACUUAAAACUUUGGAGAAAAAAAUGUAUCAAUUUGGGACAGUUAUAAUGGGGGGAAAUUGCAGAAAUGUUUGUUUCUUAAGAAAAGGAUUUUCACACUUGGAUUCUAUUCAAAGUAGAAGUAACUGCUACACAGGGCAUACUUUCCUAUUAGGUUGUUAUUUCUAUUUCUCUCUGUCCUCAAAGGCUGUAUGUGAAAGAUUUGGACUGAAAAAUCCAAAUGAUAUUAGUAAUAAAUGUAACUUGAAAACCAA